UGAGGAUGUCCCCCCUGCUCUGCACAUGAGUGGUCCAGGCCGACGGGAGCCCCUGCCUCCGACCCCCCUCGCAGACAUGUCCGCCGUGGAGUAGUGUGGACACUUCCACUCAGCUUCUCAGGGUUUCCAUCUUUUGGGGGGGAGCAUUUUCUUCAGUUACUUUUUAAAAUUUCUUUAUGGUUUUGUGGCUGGACGUCCACCACCAAGGCAGACACUAUGGGGGACCAGCAACUGUACAAGACCAACCACGUGGCCCACAGUGGCGAGAACCUUUUCUACCAACAGCCACCCCUGGGUGUCCACGGUGGGCUGAACAACAGCUAUGGGAAUGCGGUGGCCGGGGGUGGCAUGGACGGCCCCCAGGUCUCCCCCAUCUCUCCCCACUUCCCUCAAGACACUCGUGAUGGUCUGAACUUACCCAUUGGCUCCAAAAACCUUGGCCAAAUGGAUACGUCGAGGCAGGCGGGCUGGGGCAGCCACGCCGGAACUGGAAACCAUGUCCAACUGCGUGGCAACUUGACCAACUCGAAUAUGAUGUGGGGGGCGCCGGCCCAGGUGGAGCCCACCGACGCCUACCAAUACACCUACGCCCAGGCCAGUGAGAUCCGGACCCAGAAGCUCACCAGCGGCGUCUUGCACAAGCUGGAUUCCUUCACCCAGGUGUUUGCCAACCAGAACCUGCGAAUUCAGGUCAACAACAUGGCGCAGGUGCUGCACACGCAGUCAGCGGUGAUGGAUGGGGCUCCCGACAGUGCCCUGCGCCAGCUGCUGUCCCAGAAACCCCUGGAGCCCCCCACCUCCGCUCUUCCCUCCCGCUACCAGCCGGCCGGCCAGCAGCCCCACCCCGGCUUCCCAGGUGGGCUGUCCAAACCAGCCCUGCAGGUGGGGCAGCACGCCAGCCAAGGCCACCUGUAUUAUGACUACCAGCAGCCUCUGCCUCCCAUGCCCCUGCAGGGAGGCCAACCUCUGCAGGCCCCACAGGUGCUGGCCCAGCAUCUGCCCCAGGUGCAGCAGCACCAGUACUUUCCACAGCAGCAGGCUGGGCAGCAACGGGUCUCCAUGCAAGAAAUGCAGCAGCAGCCCCCGCAGCCGCCACAGAUCCGCCCUCCCCAGCCUCAGCAGCAGCAGCAGACGCCCGUGCACCUGCAGGCGCGGCAGGGCCCCAUGCAGAUACCUCAGUAUUACCAAGCCCAGCCCAUGAUGCAGCAGCACUUGCAGGAGCAGCCGCCGCCGCCCGUGCACCUGCAGCCCCCGUCAUAUCACAGAGACCCUCACCAAUACACGCCCGAGCAGGCGCACGCCGUCCAGUUGAUCCAGCUGGGCUCCAUGCCUCAGUACUACUACCAGGAGCCCCAGCAGUCCUACAGCCACCCCCUCUACCAGCACAGCCACGCAACCCAGCCCCAGCAGCCACGGGAGGACAGUCAGCUGAAAGCCUAUUCGAUCGAUAGGCAGACCCCAGCCAUGCUGAGUUCCCACGGGGACCUGGGGCCCCCGGAGACAGGAAUGGGAGAUCCGGCGAGCUCGGACCUGAGUCGGGUCAGCAGUGCCCUCCCCCAUCGGCCACUCCUGUCCCCCAGUGGAGUCCACCUCAACAACAUGGGGUCUCAGCCUCAGCAGCCGUCGCCCAGUGCCAUGUGGCCCCAGAUGCACCUGCCUGAUGGGAGAGGCCAGCCGGGGUCCCCGGAGUCAAGUGGCCAGCCCAGAGGAGUGUUGGGAGAGCCGUUGGAUGCCAAGAACAAGUUGACCUGCUCCAUCUGCCUGAAGGAGUUCAAGAGCCUCCCUGCCCUCAACGGCCACAUGCGGUCCCACGGGGGAAUGAGGGCCUCCCCGAGCCUCAAACAGGAGGAAGGAGAGAAGGUCCAGCCACCGCUGCCGCCUCCGCCUCCACCGCCACUGCCGCCUCCGCCACCGCAGCUCCCUCCUGAGGCCGAAAGCCUCACGCCCAUGGUCAUGCCCGUGUCUGUCCCUGUCAAGCUUCUCCCGCCCAAGCCCGGCCCGCAGGGCUUCACCACCGGCGGCGCCGCCACCCCCUCUGCCAGAGACAAGCCAGCCAGCUCGACGGCGGACGAACAGAUGCCUGUGCUCGUGAGGAUGGCGCUGUCGCCGCCCCGCUCGCCCCCUGGGGCUGCCCCCUGCGUGCCCACUGACCUCGCCCGGAAGCCGCAGCCCAGCGCCGUGAAGUCCAAGACAGUGGCUCAGUGUGUGGAAUACUACUACACGUGGAAGAAGAUAAUGCGGCUAGGGCGGAAGCACAGGACACGCCUGGUGGAAGUCAUCGAAGACUGCAUGCCAAACAUGCCUCAGGAAGAUAAAGAGCCCCAGGAAUGCUUAGGUAUUGAGGAACUGGUGGACAACAGCAUUGAUGGCAGCAGUGUGACCAUCACCCCAGGCCCUGGAGAGCAGACUGUGGAUGUUGAACCACGUAUCAACAUUGGCUUGAGAUUCCAAGCAGAGAUCCCAGAACUGCGGGACGUCUCUUCCCUCGGCCAAGACACACACAAGGCCACACUGGUAUGGAAGCCCUGGCCAGAGCUGGAAAACCAAGACCUCCACCAACGAGUGGAGAAUCUUCUGAAUUUGUGCUGUUCAAGUGCAUUGCCGGGUGGCGGAACCAAUUCGGAAUUUGCUUUGCACUCUCUCUUUGAGGCCAAAGGUGAUGUGAUGGCUACUCUGGAAAUGCUGCUGCUGCAGAAACCAGUCAGGUUAAAAUGCCAUCCGUUAGCAAAUUACCACUAUGCCGCAGAGCAGAGUGCGCAGCUGCGCAUGUAUUCCACAGAUGGAGAGUCAAGAAUCUUGCCUACGAGUGAAGAGGAAGAAGAGGUGGAGGAGGAGGAGGAGGACCUGGAGGAAGAUAGGAAAUCACCAAAAGACGAGGAGAGUGAAGUGCCGAAGUCCCCGGAGCCCCCGCCCGUGCCUGUCCUGACUGUCACGGAGGGGCCACCCCUGCAGGCCCUCAGCCAGCCCUCGGGCUCCUUCAUCUGUGAAAUGCCCAACUGUGGGGCUGUCUUCAGCUCUCGACAGGCGCUGAACGGCCAUGCCCGCAUCCACGGUGGUACCAACCAGGUGACCAAGGCUCGAAGCGCUGUCCCUUCUGGGAAGCAGAAGCCUGGCGGGGCCCAGAGUGGGUACUGCUCGGUGAAGAGUUCGCCCUCUCACAGCACCACCAGUGGCGAGACGGACCCUACAACCAUCUUCCCCUGCAAAGAGUGUGGCAAGGUCUUCUUCAAGAUCAAAAGCCGAAAUGCACACAUGAAAACGCACAGACAGCAGGAGGAACAGCAGAGGCAGAAAGCGCAGAAGGCGGCUUUUGCUGCAGAAAUGGCAGCCACGAUUGAGAGGACUACGGGCCCAGUGGGGGCGCCGGGGCUGCUGCCCCUGGACCAGCUGGGUCUCAUCAAACCCAUCAAGGACGUGGACAUCCUGGACGAUGACGUCGUCCAGCAGUUAGGAGGUGUCAUGGAAGAGGCCGAGGUCGUGGAUACCGACCUGCUCUUGGAUGACCAAGAUUCGGUUCUACUUCAGGGUGACACAGAACUAUAGAACCCGAAGGUCACCUCCAUCUUCAUCAAUCAGGAAACCUGGACUGCUUGCUUGUUUUUGUAACCCUUUUAAACUACCUGUUUAAAAAGUGGUCAUUUUAUUCAGGUUUAGAGAAGAAGAAAACUCCAGUUUCUUUUCCUUUUAUCUUUUUAAAUUGUUUUUACGGGGGACUAGGGGGGAAUAAAUGAUUGGCACAACUAUCUUUAAGAGGUGUUUCAUCCGGGCUACAUUCUCAUUUCCAGGAAGGAAAUGAACCUCACCUUCGUGUUCCAUGGCUUUCACAUGUCAACCAUCCCAGUCGCCUUCUGUCCCAAGGUUUGUGUGUGUGUGUGUGUGUGUGCACGUGUGUGUGUGUUUGUGUGAAGCAGGCUACUCUAUACAUGUUGGGCCCUUGGACCAUGUUUUGCCACCAAGAAUUAUUUUUAUCCAGCCCUGACCUUCCAGGAAGUGUUCUUUUUGUCUUGUUUUGUUCUGUUCCUAAUACAUAUCUUUUUUGCAACAUGGUUCAUGGUCAGUGGAGUUCCGAACUUCCUUGGUACCGCUUGAAGUACUGUGAAGCCUCUCGCUGGGAUUUUGCUAAUUCAUCCACUGGACUAAAGUUGAUCUAGAUGCUAGCCCUGAGCAAUGGGCUCUUCUAACACAUAAGCAAUAGCCAAUCCAAGGAAAAGUGCAUGGAAAGCCAACACACAUGGUUUCAGAUAUGCUUUAGUUACAAUGUGUGCAUUCCAACAACAAAUGUAUUCCUUUCAAGUCACUUCCCAAAGCAUUUCUAGACUUCAGUAAGCUUCCUGAGGCUCUGCUCGGCCUCCCUCUGCCCCUGUUAGCAGGGUUGUUGUUUGUACUUGAAGGCAAUAAAUUUGUCCUAGCCUGGACUUUUUGUGCUGAGUCAAACUGUGAUCCAUCCCACUGUUAGUGCAAGAGUCAGACCAGGAUACAGCCGCUGCACCGACGAGCCUGAUCCUCUCCCUUCCCCUUCGGUGUUAGUGUCACUGAGCAACCCAUGGAGCAGGUCUGAGGGCCUCAACCCUGCCUUGUUACACCCAGCUCCAGGUAAGUGUGGCUGUCCUCUGGGUGCAUUAACAGCUGGACAUUAGGAGGAAUCUCAGCAGAGGUGAGGCAGGGUUGAGCCUCCUUUACAUUCCAUGCUGCAGAGAACCAGCUGUGGCCCCCACAACGCUACACAGCCAGAGGUUUUGGAAUCUCAGGAAAGCCACGGACAGUAGGAAAACACGAAACUUUUCAUUUCCAUCAUGGUUUUGUUUUUUUUUUAGCGAUGUCCUGGGGGUUUCCUUCAUCUUCCCCUUCAACAAGUGAUUCUCUCGUGUUGAAUCUAAGAAGUUUUGAGUGAGCUUCCUGGGCUCCGCACAUGGGCUUCGGGGCAGAAUUGCCACGAAACCACUCAACAGCCGUGUCACUGGCUGUCUCUGCUUCCUUCCACAAAGUCUGAGGUUGAGCCUCGGUGGGGCUAUCAUCUUUGGGAGGCAAAUGUAUUGCUUCUGUUUGCAGACUUGCCCAGCUGUUCCAGCUUUAAGCAUUAGAAAUAAAUGGAAUUACCACUGCAAAAAUAAUAGUAAUAUAUAUAAAUGCACAAUUUAACCUUAGUUUUUCCAUGCAGUAUAGCAUUAGAAUUUUUGACUUGAAAGAACCAAAGAACUCCUCCUUUGUGAGACAGUUCAAAUACCUGCAUUCAUGUUUCUUUAUUAUCAACUAAAGGCAUUGACUUCUUAGUAAAAUUUUGCACUUUUUUUUUUCUGAAAUGACUCUGCCUGCAUGUACACAUUGGGUUUUAGCUCCACUCCUACCCCACCCUACAGAACUUUUCUUUCUAAAGGUUAACAUCUUCAACAGUUACUGUUUACUAUCAGAUGGUUUUUCAUGAGUGAAUUUAGACCUCUUUGAGAAAGCUUGUAUAUAUAAAAAAAAAAGUUAACAGAUAUAUUUUAUGGAAAAACCCAUCUUAUUUUCAAAUAUAUUUAACUGCUGUUAUAUUUUAUUAGAGGAAGGUUGUAAAUAUUUUCUAGGAGUUCUAUUGUAAAGAAAAAAGUAUUUUUGAAAAAAAUUAAUGUAAUUAAUAAAAAAAGCAAACAUUUUUAAAUAGUGGUUGUGAUUGCUUCCUGUUUUGGCUUUGUUAUGUUCUAUUAGCCAGUGAUUUGCAUGCCUUCCCUAUCAGGAUGUAAUUUAUUCAGGUUUGCACUAUUAUAAGUUGACAUCAUAAUAUCUAGUUGUGCUUAAUUGUAUUUUACUGGAAUGGAGUCCCUUGGUCCAUAUCAAAGCACUCUGUAUAACAUAUUCAUAAUUUUUUUCUUUUGUAAUGUGUGUAUUUUUAAUAAGGAUUUUAUGUAACAUUUUGGCAAAAAAGGACAGUAUUUUCUAGUGAAUUUUAUAAUAACAUUUUGCUAAAAAUGUUUCUUCCUGGGUCAGUUUUUGUUAAGAUGAACCAAAAGUCUUAUUUUACUGGGGGGUUAAAAAAAAAAGUUUGAAGCUUGAAAGCAAAGUUAUAUUUAAACAUCCUAUGUAACAAAUAAAGAUGUUUUAUAGGCUUGUCCUAAAAAAAAAAAAAGGUGCAUUCCUUAAAUUUAAAAGGAAGGGGGGAAAAAAACCACCAAAACUAGGGCAUUCUAGGUUGUUUCCUGUCCUGUUAAGAAGGUUGCUUUAGAUGAUCACAUGUUUUGUCAGGAAGAGAACCAGGUGAAUAUUACUUAGGUUCCACUCACUAGCCUUCUCCAAAGUCAUUACAGUUCCUACACAUGGGCAUUCAUGUAACCAAAUGCGCACUGUUAUAUUUAUUUGUGAAAAACCUGAUUCAAUAUUGCAUCAGCUGCUCUGAAAAUAAAAUAUCUUUCUGAGUUUCA